CAGGAGUGCGUAUAGCUAUAUCCCAUAUCUGAUUCUCAUCCAAUGCUCUCAUUUCACCAUUCAUUGCUGCAUUCCAAUUAGGAUCAUCCUUGGCAGCUUCAUAGUUUUGGGGAAUAGUAACGAGUUCGUAUGAGAAACCAACAUAUUCAUGGAGGCGCACUGGAAUUUGGCCAAGAUUCGAACUGGAAUUUGGCCAAGAUUCGAACGAUUGGAUCGGCGCAGGACUGGCGGCUGUUGUUGCUCAACUAAAGGAGCCGCCUCAGGUGAUGAUUCUGUCCUGGCAGAGGAAGACCCAUGAGACGAAGAAGAAGAAGUCCCAGGUGAAGUGGACUCUCCAUUCGCUGACGGAGAUGAGAAAAUGCCAUGGGACGGAGAGGAGGAGGGCCCAGGUGAGGAUCAGCUGCCUCUCGUUGAUGGAGAAGAAGAAUGAGGAAUGUCCUCCGUCGCAACUGGAGAGAGGGAGACCGAAGAAGAUUCACUUGAAGUAGCUUGAUGAUUGGAUGGAGUAGGUGGAGGGGAAUUAUCCAAGUCCUCCAAAUGCCCUCCCUGAUUAUGAACAGGAGGAUCGGGAGAAGCUUCAAACGUGGGUAAGCUUGUGAGAAACUCCAAUGAUUGUGAAACUUCCUCUUUACUGGUACUAUAAUAUUUAACCUGCUCAAGGAAGAUCACAUUACAAGAUACCCGCAUACGUCGAGCAACUGGUUCAUAACAGAGAUGCCCCUUACGACGAUCACUAUAGCCCACAAAUACACACUUUGCUGUCUUCGGUUGAAGUUUAUGGCGUUCUCUUUUCUGCAGAAGAACAAAGCAGACACAACCAAACACACGCAAAGUAGUAUAAUCUGGAGGAUUCUGAUAAAGAAGUUCAUAAGGAGAUUUGUGAUCCAAAACAGUAGUGGUCUGCCGAUUAAUCAAGUAAACCACAGUGUGCACAGCUUUGACCCACAGUUAACUCGGAACCAAGGCAUGAAACAAUAGGGCACGUGUGAGCUCGAGAACAUGGCGAUUCUUCCUUUCCGCUGCCCCAUUUUGUUGCGAAACUCUAGGACAAGAGAGCUGCGAUAGAAUACCCUGAGAUUUAUAGAAAUACAACAACGGUGUGGUGGUGAAUUCGCCCCCAAUAUCGGACCUGAUGACCUUUACAGUUUUGUUGAAUUGAGUUUGCACCAUGCGGAUAAACUCGGUAGCAAAAGUAAUUAACUCGGAUUUCUGGCACAGCAAAUAGACCCAUGUGUAUCUUGUAGUAUGAUCAAUAAAUAAGGCAAAAUAUU